UCUCCUUUCCUUGCCGCCGCGCACGCCACUGCUCGAGCCACCUCGCCGCCGCUGCCGGAAAUGGCCGCCGCCGCGCGCCCCCUGGUGUCCGUGAAGGCCCUGGAGGGCGACAUGGCCACGGACUCCGCCGGCAUCCAGAUGCCGCACGUCCUCCGCGCGCCGAUCCGCCCCGACGUGGUAACUUUCACCCACAAGCUCCUGUCCUGCAACCGCCGCCAGCCCUACGCCGUCUCCCGCCGCGCCGGCCACCAGACCUCCGCGGAGUCGUGGGGCACCGGCCGCGCCGUCUCCCGUAUCCCCCGCGUCCCAGGCGGCGGCACGCACCGCGCUGGCCAGGGAGCGUUCGGCAACAUGUGCCGCGGUGGCCGCAUGUUCGCGCCCACCAAGAUCUGGCGCCGCUGGCACCGCCGCGUGAACGUCCGCCUCCGCCGCGUCGCCGUCGCGUCCGCCCUCGCCGCCACCGCUGUCCCGUCCCUCGUCCUCGCCCGCGGCCACCGCAUCGAGGGUGUCCCCGAGUUCCCGCUAGUCGUCUCCGACUCCAUUGAGUCCAUCGAGAAGACCGCGCACUCCAUCAAGGUUCUCAAGCAGAUCGGUGCCUAUGCUGACGCUGAGAAGGCCAAGGACUCCGUGGCCAUCCGCGCCGGCAAGGGGAAGAUGCGCAACCGCCGGUACGUUAACCGCAAGGGCCCCCUCAUCGUCUAUGGCACCGAGGGCUCCAAGAUCGUCAAGGCAUUCCGCAACCUCCCCGGCGUUGAUGUUGCCAAUGUGGAGCGCCUCAACCUGCUCGACCUUGCCCCCGGUGGCCACCUUGGCCGCUUCGUGAUCUGGACCGAGUGCGCUUUCAAGAAGCUCGAUGAGGUGUAUGGAGGGUUUGAUGCACCGGCCCUCAAGAAGAAGGGUUUCGUGCUGCCGAGGCCGAAGAUGGCGAAUGCCGAUCUUUCCAGGAUCAUCAACUCGGAUGAAGUCCAGUCAGUGGUGAAGCCCAUCAACAAGGAGGUGAAGCGCAGGGAGGCUAGAAGGAACCCUCUCAAGAAUGUGGCCGCUGUGCUCAAGCUUAACCCCUACUUCGGGACUGCACGCAAGAUGGCAGCUCUCGCUGAGGCCGCACGCAUCAAGGCUAGGACUGAGAAGCUUGAUUCCAAGAGGACCAAGCUCAGCCCGGAGUCUUCUAAGAUCAAGGCUGCUGGAAAGGCAUGGUACAAGACCAUGAUUUCUGACAGUGAUUACACAGAGUUUGAGAAUUUUUCUAAGUGGCUUGGUGUGACGCAGUGAAUUUAUGAUUGAAAUUUUAGUAGGUUAUCUUAAGCUCCGGAAUUAUGAUUUUGGGUAUUAUUGUCAUGUGAAAUUUGCGAUGAGGAGUUCAGAGAUGAUAUGUCGUUUUGGUAGUUCUUUGCCCUGAGACUUAUACACCCGGAUACCUUUCAUGAGACAAAAUAUAUCACAUAUUUCAGCAGUCAA